GUGGAAGAGGGGGAGGAAGGAGAGGGGCUCUCUCCCUCUCGCAAAUUCCGUAUUCCUCUUGCGCUACAAAGUGAUGAGGACAAACGGGCUUCGCUUUUGUCGCCGGCCGCACCCAAAACGGAGCCCUUCCCCCCGUUUCAAAAGCCCCGCACUUUGCCUGUCGCUGUAACUCCACAUUGGAUCGUUGCCUCCGAAGCGGUGUAGCCCAAAAAUUGUGUGGUUGGGAAAGCGGAGAAAAGCGAGGGAUCUUAGCAUAUCUUCAACGGAGAGAGACAGGAGGAGCGUGACCUCUCUCUCUCUUGCUCUUUUACUUCCAUAUGGAAGGUUGAUGAGAUGCCCCUAUUUGGAGAUUUGAGAAGUCCUCCAAUUCCUUUGAUUGGGAGAGAUCCCUCUGUUCGUUUCUGCUGUUUUUGAGAAAAUUGAUGAUUGCCUUUCUUGGGGUUUUGGCUCUUUUACCAUUGCUGAAAACUUGCAACCAUGGCAGAAACCUUUUCUGAACUUUAACUGUUUCUUUUUCUUUACUUUCUUUUGCUCACUUUUCUUUUUUUUUUCCUUCUUUAUCUCUCCAAGUUGUUGCUUUUGGGUUUGUAACUCCUAUCUUCUCUCAAGGUUGCCUCUUCCUACUUCCUUCCUUCCUUUCUGUCUUCAUAUCCAAACGCAGCCUCCCUUUCUUGAUUACUUAUUCUCAAAUUAUGCCGCUGCUGCUCUGCUAGCUCUGUUUUUUUCUCCGUGUUUUUCAACUCUACGCCAAAUAGAAGUUGGGUUUUGAAUCUUUUUGUUUAAUUGCUGUCGCCGCCGUGGAUGGCCGGCAUGGCGCAAGACGAGGCCUCGCCGUCGGCGCAGUACUUCUCCUCAAUGUCGCUCUCGCCGCCCACAACCGGCUCCCCUUACUUGCCGUUGCUCCGCGAGCUCAAGUCCGAGGACCGCGGCAUGUACCUCAUCCGGUUGCUCGGGAACUGCGCCGACCUCGUCGCCGCCGGCAAGCUUGCGCAGGCCGACGCCUUCCUCGAGCACAUCUCCAUCUACGCCUCCCCCGACGGCGACUCCAUGCAGCGCAUCGCCUCCCAUCUAGCCGAGGCCCUCAGCCGCCGCAUCCUCCGCUCGCUGCCUGGCGUCUACCGCACCCUCCUCCCCGCUCGCGCCGCCGCCUUCCCCCUCGCCGAGGCCGUCACCGCCCGCCGCCACUUCUUCGACCUCUGCCCCUUCCUCCACAUCGCCUUCGCCGUCUCCAACUGGGCCAUCAUGGACGCCAUGGAGGAGGAGAAGAUGAUACAUAUCAUCGACCUCCAUGUUUUCGACCCCACCCAGUGGAUCUCCCUCCUCCAGGCCCUCAGCAACCGCCGCGGCGGCCCGCCGCACCUCCGAAUCACCGGCGUCAAUGAGCACAAGGAGCUGCUCAGCUACACCGCCACCUGCCUGAACAAGGAGGCCGAGAGGCUCGACAUUCCCUUCCAGUUCAAUCCAGUCGUCAGCCGGUUGGACAAUCUGGACAUCGAGAGCCUCCGUUUGAAGACUGGCGAGGCGCUGGCGAUAAACUCAGUCCUUCAGUUGCACUCCUUGCUUACCACCAAUGAUGAAGGCCGGAGCUGUCGGAUAAUGCCAAUGCCGGCGAUAAAUUCAAACAUGGCUCAGCUUCAUGGUGUGAGCCAGGCGACGUUGCGAGAAUUGCUCGAAAAGGAAGUUAUCAAUGGGUAUACACCGAGCCCGGACUCGUUGUCGCCGCCAUUUGCUCUGGCGCCAGCGCCGAGGAUGGAGAGGUUCUUUGCAGCACUCCAGGCCCGGUUGCCGCCGAAGGUCAUGGUGAUCACAGAGCAGGAGUCCAACCACAAUUCACCCAUGAUGAAUGAGAGGUUCACCAAGGCACAAUAUUUCUAUGCAACACUGUUUGAUUGCCUGGAGUCGACGCUGCCGAGACACUCGGUGGAGCGGAUGAGGGUGGAGAAGCUGUUUGGAGAGGAGAUCAAGAACAUUAUAGCCUGCGAGGGGUUGGAGAGGACGGAGCGGCACGAGAAGCUGGAGAGGUGGGCGCAGAGGCUGGAGCUGGCGGGGUUCAGCAGGGUCUCGUUGAGCUUCGAGGUGCUCCUGCAGGCGAGGAUGUUGCUAAGGAACUUCGGCUGUGAGGGCUACAUGGUGAACAUUCACAAUGGCUGCAUCAUGAUCUACUGGCAAAGUCAGCCCCUUUUCUCGGUUUCAGCUUGGGGUUGCAGGAGGUAAAAUUGAUUUUUUUUUCCUUUUUUCUUUCUACCACCUUGUUUCCAUGAAUAUUUUGGUUUGGUCGAUCUUUCCUACCAUCUUUUGCCUAUGUAUAGAAAAUUUCCGCCCUUUUAAAUUCACACCAUUUCAAGAAGAGUGUUGUUUGUAUAUUGACAAGAUAGUCUUGUUAUGUCCUAUCUGAAGUUGAUACUUUGUUUUUUUUCUUCUUGGAAGUAUGGAGAAUGUGAACUUGAUCAGUGCUGUUUGGAUUGAUACUUUGAUGGAAUGGUAAUAUGUGUUCUUAUUGGGACUCUUGCAGCUCA